AUGAGUAACAAUAAUAGUAGUAGUAGUAGUGAAAUCAAUACAACAACGACUACAACAGCAGUUGGAGGUGGAGGUGGUACAUUUAAAAGAGUUAGCAUAAAGACUUCUGGUGAUCAAACACCGGUGUUACAACAGACGCCAGACACUGUAUCCACAAGUGGACAACAGACUGCAUCGUCAUCAACAAUGGGUGACAGUGGAUCCAACAAUAACAACAACAACAACAAUGAGAGAUCGGCCAGAAGAGUUACCUUUGGUGUGAACAGGAACUCAUUCGGCAAUGGAAAUGUCAGUGCACCAACAUCUCCAAAUGAGAAGACGAUGGCAACAGGCACAGGAACAAGCACAGAGGUUGAUAAUGGCAAUGUCAGUGCGCCAACAUCUCCAAAUGAGAAGUCGCCACCCACAGCCACAAGCAACAGUAGCAGCGAUGUAAAGGAUGAAUUGAGUGGCAUGGAAUCAUUCCCUAUGAGGUCAAGGUCGGCACGUGCCAAGACGAUGUUGCCCUCACAGAUGUUCUUUGGAAAGCCAAAGGCAUACAUUGCCAAGCCAUCACAGUCACGCGGUGGUGUGUUGGUUGGCAACAAGCUCAAAGGUGAUACAGAGCAACUGGUCGAUCUGAGUGAGAUAAAGGCUGCUGCGGCGGCAUCGCCAGAGGACCAGUUCGAGAAGAUAAACUUGGAUAGCAACAGUGCACCAUCAACUCCUGAGAAGGCCAAGGUGGAGCCAUCGCCACAGGCAUCGCCUCAGGCCAAGGAGGAUGAUGACGAUGACGACGAUGAGGACAUCAAGCCAACAGCCUCGUGGGCAUCCGUCAUGCAAAAGACAAAGAAUCAGAGGAGUAGCGUCAGGGGCUCAGGGAUGGGCUUUGGAGGCUUUGGUGGUGGCACGGGGUCGCCAACAAAGAACACUGCCACACCAAGCAACAACAACACUGGCGGUACACCUCACUGGUAG